CAGGUUUUUGCUCCGCUCAUCUGGUCUCUAGCCACUACAACACAAAACACCACCGUCUGUUUACAAUCUCUCUAGAAGCAGCCGGGGGACAACAUCAUUUUACAAGCAUUGUUUUUCUUUCAAUGCUCUGUUCUUCUUCCGAGCCAGAAACUGAUUGAGAUCACGUCAAAUUGAACGGCAGAGAGAUUAUUUUUGUUUGAAUUUUGAGGAGAACUCUCAACACAACACCUGCCUUUGUUAGCAAGUUAGCCUCGUGUCCUUAAAGGCUCCUCGCCCUUAAUUCUCUCUCUCUGUUAUAUUCUGGUUUGUUUUAUUUUCUUUAAUCAUUUAUAGAGUCAUACAGUAGUUGUAGGUAAACCCGUGCUAACGCAGAAGCUCUUUGUUCGUGCCUCGGGAAAAAAACACACACGCACCAGCACCUCCUGAUGAUGAGGAUGAGGAUGAUGGUGAUGAAGAGGAGACAGAGCUGAGAGCUGAGUGUGUGUGGUUGUGUUGCGUUCACAUUGGGAGCGAGAAGAACCCCCCUCCCCCCCACACACUGCAUCCAUGUUCUCCCCCGACCAGGAAAACAUCUCCACAUCGUCAACCAAAGUGCCAGUCAAAUAUGGAGAACUCAUCGUGCUCGGGUAUAAUGGCUCUCUACCCAACGGGGACCGGGGUAGAAGGAAGAGCAGAUUUGCGCUCUUCAAAAGACCCAAAUCCAAUGGAGUCAAACCCAGCACUGUACACGUAGCCUGCACCCCACAGGCUGCCAAGGCCAUAAGUAACAAGGAUCAGCACAGUAUUUCCUACACGUUGUCCCGUGUACAGACAGUGGUGGUGGAGUACACUCAAGACAGCAAUACAGACAUGUUUCAGAUUGGCCGCUCAACUGAAAGUCCAAUAGAUUUUGUGGUGACCGACACGGUUCCUGGGAGUCAAAGUAAUUCUGACACUCAGUCAGUUCAGAGCACCAUAUCUCGCUUCGCAUGCCGUAUCAUAUGUCAGCGAACGCCCCCUUACACCGCCCACAUCUACGCCGCCGGAUUCGACUCCUCCAAGAACAUCUUCCUCGGGGAGAAAGCAGCAAAGUGGAAGACAUCUGAUGGACAGAUGGACGGUCUGACUACAAACGGUGUGUUGGUAAUGCAUCCUCGCCAUGGUUUCACAGAGGACUCCAAACCUGGUGUGUGGAGAGAGAUUUCAGUUUGUGGAAACGUGUUCACUCUGAGAGAGACACGGUCGGCUCAGCAGAGGGGGAAAAUGGUGGAGAAUGAGACUCAAGAGUUAGUGGACGGCUCUCUCAUUGAUCUCUGUGGAGCGACUCUUUUGUGGCGUACUGCUGAAGGGCUUUCCCGCACUCCCACUGUCAAACACCUGGAGGCGCUCCGGCAAGAGCUGAAUGCUGCUCGUCCCCAGUGCCCCGUGGGUUUCAACACCCUCGCCUUCCCCAGCAUGAGGCGGAAGGACAUAGUGGAUGAGAAGCAACCCUGGGUCUACCUAAACUGCGGUCAUGUUCACGGAUACCACAACUGGGGUAACCGUGAUGCAGAGCGAGACGGAAGGGAGGGCCGUGAGCGGGAAUGUCCCAUGUGCCGCGCUCGUGGGCCAUACGUGCCUCUGUGGCUGGGCUGUGAGGCAGGGUUUUAUCUCGAUGCGGCCCCUCCUACUCAUGCGUUCAGCCCAUGCGGUCACGUGUGCUCAGAAAAAACAGUGGUGUAUUGGAGUCAAAUCCCUCUUCCUCACGGAACGCACACCUUCCAUGCUGCCUGCCCUUUCUGUGCCCAACAGCUCAGCGGUGAGCAGGGGUACAUCAGACUGAUCUUCCAGGGGCCCGUGGACUAAGUACACCUGCAUGUGUCCUUUUACCCCAGUAACCUAUUUGACAAACAUUAGCCAAGCAUUUCUUUCUGUUGUUCCUAUAAUUUGAUUUUAUAAAGAUGGCAUUUUCAGUG